UCUAAGGUUAGGUGCAUACGUUCGUGCACAGAUUUCGUUUCACUUCAGCUUCAGUCAACGACUGAACAGAAGAGGUUAAAGGUCGGGUGUAUUGAAUUAAGUUGGAUCUCUCUCGUGAUCUGAAACCGAUUCGUAGAAAUUCAGUCAAAGAAUGAGUGAAACAUCAAGGCGUCGAACCAGAACCUAUUGUAAAGGGUUUCAUCCCAGUACCUCGUGGACUGAAGAUGAAAAGCUGGUGUUGUUGGAUAGCCUAAAGAAGUAUGGUCAUACAAACAUUGCCUCUAUCGCCAGCACCUUACCAACAAAAUCUCUCGCCGCGGUCAGAUCAAUGAUAAAUGUUACUAUGCAAAGUGUACGGCGUGAUAUGCAGCAAAUUAAUAAAUCACCCAUAGAUCAGUGGCUGGACAAAACUUGCAUGGAUGACACAAACCAGGUCAUUUCCAAGGCUUUACUUUAUAUAUCAAUGUUUGGAAACCAUCCAUGUCCCAAAGAUGCAGAUGGCUUCAAUUUCAGAGAUGCCUACAAUUUUUUAUAUCGCAUGACGUGUGGUGAUGCCGUUGUUACCCUUCCUCCAGCUACGCGGAAAAGAAUCUAUGCUAUCAUAUCUAAAGUCGUUAGUAAAUUGAGAUUGAGACCUACCCGAAAACUAUUGCAAUCUAUUAAUCAUCGGCAGCAGCAUUUUAACAGCCAUAAAGUCUCUGGUCGCACAAAUAGCACUAAAACAAGAGUGGGCCCCUGCAAAUUACUCGAUGACUUAAAUGUAUUUAUGGUACCGCAUGAACAACUUUUCAUGGAGCCUCUGGAUUCGACGAAUCAAGAGUGAUGUCUAUCUCCUCCAGGAACAAAUUCUAUGCACAUAUAGUUGCUUUGUUUGCUAUUUUCACUGCUGAUGAUGACAUUAUGGACCAACCCUGUGAAGAAGAUGAAGAUAUUCCAUAUGGAAGUCAAUUGUUGGAUUAUCAAAGACAUCACACAUAUAUUAGAAAAGUGCAGGCAUGCUAAUAUUUCUUACACUAGCAAGAGAUGAGACUGCUGUAUCAAAAAAUUCUUGUGAUGAGCUUCUGGGUGGUGCAUCCAUUUGAUAACCAAAACCCCCAUACUUUCCCCCUUGGUUGGGUGGUAUGUUUCUGAAUGCAACAAUCUGAUUAAUAUAUACCAUGGGAGCAAAUAAACAUUGAAAUAAUUUUA